CUUAGAUGAUAAAUGCGUCUUGACGGAAACCCAUCAUCAUCUUCAGCAUGUCUACAUUUGGUAGUCAUUUCCGUGUAACCACUUAUGGUGAAUCACAUUGUGCUUCGGUAGGAUGUAUCGUCGAUGGAGUUCCUCCAGGAAUGGCAUUGUCCGAAUCGGAUGUACAAUUACAACUUUCACGUAGACGGCCAGGUCAAUCCAACCUAACGACGCCAAGAAACGAAAAGGAUGCGGUUCACAUUCAAGCUGGUGUAGAAAGAGGAAUCACUUUAGGAUCCCCUUUAGCAAUGUUGGUCAAAAACGAAGAUCAAAGACCAAACGAUUACACCGAUGAAACUUUGGAUUUGUAUCCCCGUCCUUCGCAUGCAGAUUAUACCUAUAUCGAAAAGUAUGGACUUAAAAGUAGUUCAGGAGGCGGUCGAAGUUCCGCUCGCGAAACGAUUGGAAGAGUUGCAGCAGGUGCUGUAGCGGAAAAAUACUUGAAAGAAGCUUUUGGUGUGGAAAUCGUUGCAUUUGUUUCAUCAGUUGGUAAGGUGCACAUCCCUCGCUUCCCUGGAGAACAUUUGGCGCCUUCCAAAUCAAUCGAUAAUGCUUCUUCUCAAACGGCAAUUGACAAUACCAUACAAACUAACGGAAUGACGGAUGAAGAAAGUGAAGAACCUCUAAGCGCAGAAUUCCGAUCACUGCUCUCUUCGAUAACCAGAUCUGAAGUGGAUAAGACUGAUAUCAGAUGUCCACAUCCCGAGGCUGCGGAUCGUAUGCGACAGAGAAUUCUUUUGGCAAAAUCAAGAAACGAUUCGAUCGGAGGAACGGUCACAUGUGUCAUUCGUCGUGUGCCAGUUGGUUUAGGAGAACCUUGCUUUGAUAAAUUGGAGGCAAAAUUGGCACAUGCAAUGCUCAGUAUUCCGGCUACGAAAGCUUUUGAAAUCGGAUCAGGCUUCAGAGGAACAGAAGUGGCAGGUUCGAAACAUAAUGAUCUAUUCAUCAAAAAAGAAGAUGGUUCCCUUGGCACUGUAACGAAUUGGAGCGGAGGCAUCCAAGGAGGAAUUAGCAACGGAGAAGAUAUCUAUUUCCGAAUCGGAUUCAAGUCUCCUGCUACCAUCUCUCAAGAUCAACAAACCGUCAGUUAUGAAGGCAAACAAGGUACUUUGGCCACACGUGGAAGACAUGACCCUUGCGUUGUUCCUCGAGCUGUUCCAAUUGUAGAAUCAAUGGCAGCUUUGGCGAUUAUGGAUGCAUUGAUGGCCCAAGAUGCAAGAACAAUGGCUGCCGGUCGCUUAUCGAGCGAGCCUGUUUUAGCAUUGCCUAAUAGUAUGCGCUUGACGAAGAAGCUCAAAGUGAAUCAGACAACAACAUCAUCAUGAAAGGUAAUCCUUAAUUAGUACAUGUCAUCUAGAAUACAUUCAUUCAUUCAUUCGUCAUUUUGCCAAUCGGAGUGAUUUGCCGUCCUUCCCGCCGAUCGACUCAAAGGCCUUGAUAUUCCCGCACCAACUUGAGCAUUCUCUCCAUCGCUUCUUGCCGUUCCAUUACCGGUCGCAGAACCUUGAUUCUUAUUCUUUGACGGUCCUACUGCUUCAUGUCCUUCUUCCCAUUCGCCAACUUCUUCCUCAUCUACUCCAUCCAAUUCGAAAGAUUGACCUCGAAUAGCUUGAUAAUUGCCAUUUGUUUGUGUAAAGUUACUUGGCUUUGAUAAAGGCAAAGUACGAUAUGUGCCAUGACGAAGGUGCAUUGCAUAGGAAUACAAAAUCAUAGCAAAAUAGAUUUUGAUCAUCCAUCCAAAGAUCAACACAAAAGCGCUAA